AUGACAAUGGAACCAGGAAUCAGUCUCAGCAAGGCUGAUAUUGUUGAGAAUAUAUUUCAAUGUUUUGAAUCAGUGAAUGGGUCUUGCAAAAGAUCAAUCUUUCCUCCAACAAUACGAGUAUUACUUUAUCUCUUACUUGGCUCAAUGUCUGUUCUCACAGUGUGUGGCAACCUUCUUGUAAUCAUCCCCAUCAUUCACUUCAAACAGCUCCACACCCCAACCAACUACCUCAUCCUCUCUCUGGCUGUGUCAGACCUUCUCUUGGGGGUUUUAGUGAUGCCUCCCAGCAUGGUAUAUUCACUGGAAAGCUGCUGGUAUUUUGGAGAUUUAUUCUGUAAAAUCUACACCAGCACUGAUGUCAUGUUGUGCACUGCAUCCAUUCUUAACUUGUGUUUUAUUUCUAUUGAUAGGUAUUAUGCAGUGUGUCGCCCUCUCCUUUAUAGAACUAAAAUAACUGUUCAUGUUGUUCUGAUUAUGAUGCUGGUCAUCUGGACUGGUUCUGCUAUAGUAGUGUUUGGUAUGAUAUUUUUGGAGCUCAGUACUUGGGGCAUGGAGGAAUUUUACUAUAAUAACCAUAACUAUAAUGUUGCCUGUGAGGGAGAAUGUAUUUUCUUUCAAAACAAAGCAUCGAGUACUGCGUCUUUGGUUCUCUCAUUCUACAUCCCAGGAGUAGGGAUGCUUAGCAUCUACCUAAAGAUUUUCCUUAUAGCACAGAGACAGGCACGCUCAAUUCAGGGUACAACCAAUCAGAACUCAGUAGGCAAAUCACAGAGGAAGGCCACCAAAACACUUGCUGUCAUUAUGGGGGUAUUUCUAUCAUUCUGGACACCCUUUUUUGUCGUCAACUGCAUUGAUCCUUUUAUUAGUUACUCUACACCACCCGUUUUGUUUGUAACAUUUGUAUGGAUUGGCUAUUUGAAUUCAACAAUUAAUCCCAUGGUGUAUGCAUUCUUCUACAGUUGGUUCAGGAGGGCGUUUAGAAUGAUCAUUUCUGGUAAAAUAUUUCAACCUGACUCUUCAAUAAUGCAAUUGUUUUCAGAAUAAAUAUGGCCAAAUCUAAUACUGACAAAGAAGUGUGACACAUAUGUGCCUUGCUCUCAGUCCUUUAUUCAACAAUAUCAGACACAGGUGUGUAGGUUUAAAAAAGUACAAUCCAGUUGAAUUUAGCUCUAUACUCCAACAUUUCAGAUCAAAUAUUUCAUAUGAAGUGACAGUUCAGAUUGUCACAUUUUAUUUUACGGUAUUUUUUAUACACAUCUGUUUUACUGUUUUACUGUUUAGAAGUGAAUGCAUUUAAUGAGUACGUUUUUAAUUUGAUCACACUUUCUUUCUGAGAAUGUUCCUGCAUAGAAGGAAAUGCAAAAUUGUAGUGUAUUCGAGUUUUAAAAAGGCUUCUAAAGUUUCUAAUUUCCACUUAGAUUUUUUGUUAUGGCAAAUAAAAUAUC